AUGGUCACAGCACUUAGCUUCGCGUUCGUCGGAAACGCAGGGGGCGCGGGAGGAAGGUGCGCGCGCGCAGACAGCCGCUCCGACCGCGGCCGACUUGUAACUGGAAGUUUGAACCGGCGAGCGACGGUCAGAAAGAUCGGGCGUUUGGCUUUAUUAGCAAUUGACUUGAGGCCUGGCCUCGUAGACUGUGCUCUAUACCGAGCAUUAAUGUCACGAUUAUCAUAUAUAUUGGUAACGAAAGCUACGUUAGAAAAAAGCGAUGAUUAUAAUAAGUACGUCAUGAAAGAAGAAAAGAAAGCUGAUAUGCAUACUGAA